AUGGCCAAGCGCGGGGAAAAGAGCGCGAGUCGCGCCGACUGGGUCGCCGUCGAGGCGCAGUUCCAGCCCAGCGAGACGGGCGCGCACCAGCUGCCCGCCAAGGCCAAGAGCGCGUACCAGCUGUUCCAGAAGCGCGUGCUCGAGGACGUCAAGCGCGACUUGAGCGGCAACGGACGCGAGAGUGUGGAGCUGGGGCGGCUGUCGAAAGAGGUGAGCGCGCGCUGGGCGCAGCUGUCGGACAGCGACCGCGAGGAGUUUGUGGAGCUGGCGGCGUCGGACAAGAAGCGGUACGACGACGCGUGUCGCGCGCUUGACGAGCAGGUGGAGAAGGAGCGCGCGAGCAAGCGCGAGGACAUGUACAGCACGGUCGAGGGCAAGCGCGAGCGCAAAAAGACUCUUGUCACGCGGGACGAGACGCGGGCAAAGCGCGAACCGCGUGCGCUGACCGAAAAGCAGAUUGAGGCAAAGCGGCUGAGGAAAGAAAGCCGCAAGCAAGAGGGGAACGACCGCGACGAGCUCAAGGCCGAGGAAAAGCGCCAGAAAGAAGCGCUGGCGAACAAGCGAUCGGCCAUUGCGUCCGCUCGACUCAAGUACUUGCUGUCUCAGAGCGACAUUUUUGCCCAUUUCAGUGGACGUGUGCAGAAGAAGAACAAACCAGGAGCUGCAUUUGAUGCUGACGAAGACGGAUCUGCUGCGGACACGGACGCGAAGCAGGAAAAGAAGAAGAAGGACAAAGUGAAUGAUGACAUUGACGAGAUGGACUCGUCGCGUCACGUGGGCGUGCGUCUCACGCAGCAGCCGUCGGUGAUCAAGUUUGGUACGAUGCGUGCGUAUCAGUUGGAAGGUCUUACGUGGAUGGUGAACCUCGCACACCAGGGCAUCAAUGGUAUCCUGGCCGAUGAAAUGGGUCUGGGCAAAACGCUGCAGACGAUAUCGGUGCUAGCAUACUUCCUCGAGUUCGAGAACAUCUCAGGCCCACACAUUGUGCUUGUACCGAAGUCUACACUGAGCAACUGGCUCGCAGAAUUCGAACGCUGGUGUCCGUCGCUGCGUGCUGUCAAGUUUCACGGCAACAAGGAGGAACGCCUGCGAUGUGUGCAAGAGGUGCUGUGCCCCGGUUUGCCGGACAACAAGCGCAAGUUUGAUGUGUGCGUGACAACUUUUGAAAUGUGCCUGAAGGAGAAGACGGCACUGUGCAAGUUUGCAUGGAGAUACCUCAUCAUUGACGAAGCGCACCGCAUCAAGAACGAAGGGUCCCAGUUCUCCACUGUCGUUCGUAUGCUUGACACCGAGCAUCGAUUGCUCCUGACAGGCACACCUUUGCAAAACAAUUUGCACGAGCUGUGGGCUUUGCUGAACUUCUUGCUGCCGGACGUGUUUGCAUCUUCGCAAGAAUUCGACGACUGGUUUAACCUGGACGUGGACGACGACGAAGCCAAGAAGCAGAUGAUUAGCCAGUUGCACAAAAUCCUUCGGCCGUUCAUGCUGCGGCGCUUGAAGGCGGAUGUCGAAAAGAGUCUGCCACCAAAGAAAGAGACGUUGCUCUUCAUUGGCAUGUCCGAAAUGCAGAAGGCGCUGUACAAGUCACUUUUGCUCCGCGAUUUGAACACAGUCAUGGGUGGUGCGGGUGGUGUCUCGAGAAGCGCGCUGCAGAACAUUGUGAUGCAAUUGCGAAAGUGCUGUGGCCAUCCGUACUUGUUUGAAGGGCAGGAGGACCGCACUCUAGACCCGCUUGGAGAGCACGUGGUGCAAAAUUGUGGCAAGAUGGUGUUGAUGGACAAGCUGCUGAAGAAGCUAAAGCAGCGGGGAUCCCGCGUACUCAUCUUUACCCAAAUGACACGCGUGUUGGAUAUCAUGGAGGACUUUUGCCGCAUGCGUCAGUACGAAUACUGCCGCAUCGAUGGCCAAACGUCGUACGAGGUUCGCGAGAGCUCCAUUGACGAGUUCAACAAACCGGAAUCGUCCAAGUUUCUGUUUCUGCUGUCCACUCGUGCAGGCGGUCUUGGUAUCAAUUUGUACACGGCAGACGUCGUUAUCCUGUAUGACUCCGACUGGAACCCGCAAGCUGAUCUACAGGCUCAGGACCGUGCGCAUCGCAUCGGUCAAAAGAAGGAAGUGAACGUGUACCGCUUAGUGACUGCCGAUUCCGUCGAGGAGAACAUCAUUGAGCGUGCACAGCAGAAGCUGAAACUGGAUGCCAUGGUGGUGCAGCAAGGUCGUUUGCAGGAAAAGCAGACCAAACUUACAAAAAAUGACAUGCUUGAAAUGAUCCGGUUUGGUGCUGAUCAAGUGUUUCGCACUACCGAUUCGACAAUUACUGACGAAGAUAUUGACGCCAUUUUGGCGAAGGGUGAGCAGCGCACAGAGGAGAUGAAGCAGAAGAUGCAGGCUCACGAUAAGGGUGACAUGCUCGAUUUCAAGCUGGACGGUGGAGGUUGUCAAAACCAUGACGGUAUCGAUUACUCGAAUGAAAAGGAACGUCAAGAGGAGCUUAAGCGUCUCGCGGACGCGGAACUUGCUCGUCAGAUGGCCGAAGGCAUGGGCAAGCGUGAACGGCGUACUGUCAUUCGUCACAGCCUCGUCUCUUCCGAGGGUAAACACAGGACAAAGCAAAAGCAGUUGCCCAAGGCCUUGCGCUUACCACGUCUAGAAGAAUGGCAGUUUUACAACCGAAGGCGGCUUAUUGAGCUUCAUGAGAUCGAGUGUUCAAACUAUGAGCAAGUCAAAGCUGAGACGGAAAAGCCGCCGCUCCCGCCACACGCACAAUAUCUCACCAAGGAAGAGCUUGAGGAAAAGGAGCGGCUUUUGAGGGAGGGUUUUAGUGAUUGGAACAAGCCUCAAUUCUUUCUCUUCAUCAAGUUGCUUGCACGUUACGGCCGUGGCAACAUCGAAGCGGUGGCGGUUGAAAUGAUGAAACCUCUGGAAGAGAUCGAAAAGUACUGGAAGGUUUUCCUCGCGCGUGGUCAAGAGGAGUUGAGUGAUUGGCAUAAGAUCAUGAAGUCUAUCGAAAAAGGCGAGUCGAAGCUGCUUGAAAUCGAGCGCUUGACUGAGGAAACUAGGCGGAAGGUGAAGCGUUACACGAACCCGUGGGAAGACAUGCCAAUCAAUUAUCAAGGCAAGGGCGGCAAGGUCUUUACUGAAGAGGAGGAUCGUGUGCUGUUGUGCCUGGUAAACCAGUUCGGGUACGGAGCGUGGGAUCGCAUCAAGCAGGAAAUCUGUGGCAUGGAGAUGUUCGCGUUCGACUAUUAUCUGCGCUCGCGCACCGCAGCUGAAAUCGGACGUCGCUGCGACUCGCUCAUGCGCAUUUGCGAAAAAGACAAUGCGGACCUGGAAACUCGCGAAAAGAAGGAGCAAGACGUGCGACAUGUGUUGCAAGAGCAGCGAGCAAAGCUAGACGAGCAACUGUCUGCAGCUCGCGCCGAUGUGAAGCAACACCAGGCCCGUGUUGAUGAGCUGAUCAUGAAAGAAGCGAAGCGCAUGCAAAAGCAGCGUGAAAGUAAGCGGGCGAAGAAGCGAAAGGAGCGCGAUCAGAACGAGGAUAUGGUCGAUCAGUACACAGAAGCCUUGGUGUCGUUUUUGGUCCAAGCGACGAAUAUGGAUGCAGCUAAAGUUGCAUUGGACUUUUGCGCGAAGAUCCGGCAGGAGAAGAACGAGGAGUUGCAACCGUCGUACGUGCUCAAAAAGAUACGCCAGGUAGCUGAGUCUGACAAAGGUGCCGCGAAGGGCGCCUUGGCGUGGACGAUCAAGGCAGAUUUUGCGGAUGUGAAAAAGCCUUGUCUGAAGAAAGAGAAGAAGGUACUCAAGCAGGCGCAUAUGGCUGACGUUAGCGGUGCGUCAGUUGUGAAGUCCGAGCCUGAGGAGAAAGGCCGCUUGCCGAGGUCCCCAUGGUCUCCGACAGCAAUGAAGCAAAAGGCCAAGAAGGAAAAAAAGGUCAAGAGGGAGGGCUCAGCACUGAGUAGUGUGCGGAAACCCCGUAGCGCCUAUGUGCUGUUCAGCGUCGCCAAUCGAUUGGAGGUGAAGCAGUCGCUAGGCAGUAACGCUAGUCUGGUGGACGCUAUGCGCAAAAUCUCGCAGACGUGGAAGGACAUGAGCCCCGAGCAGAAAGCACCGUGGAUCGAGGCAGCCAAGCAUGACGAACUGCGCUAUGAGAACGAGAUGAACGAAACGACAGCGUAA